AUGGCACCAAAGGACGUGCCACGGAUGCUAUGGCAGCCAUUGCCCUCUUCAGCGAAGAAUAUCAAAGACUUGACCGAAGUCAUAAAUGCUCAGUACGGCACAAACAUAAACGACUACAUGUCCCUCUGUCAAUGGUCUGUCAAUGAGAAGACCUCGCCGCUUUUUUGGUUGGCGCUUUUCAAAUUCUUGGGGAUCAAGUCAGAUCGACCACCUCAAAGAACUUUUGAUGUCGACGCCAAUCUCCCUCCUCCAAUGUACCCACCACCCAAGUUCUUCCCCGAAAUCAGAAUGAACAUCGCCGAGAACAUAUUCGCCAACUAUCGCUCUGGGUCCACAAUUCUGCACGUUGCCUCCGAGAGAGAACCGGAUGUGCGAGACGUGACAUGGGACGAAUUGCACGCCGACGUGACGCGCGUCUCGAGCGCCAUGGUGGCGUACGGCGUGCAGGUCGGCGACCGGGUCGCGGCUGUGCUUUCCAACCGUCCGGAGACCGUCGUGUGCUGCCUCGCCGCCCUGUCGCUUGGUGCUAUCUGGUCCAGUUCGUCGCCCGAUAUGGGCGUGGAUGGGAUCCUCAGCCGCCUGACACAGAUCCGGCCGAAGAUGGUUUUUUGCGAGCGCGAUAUCGUAUACAACGGUAGGAGCGUGCAACUCCUUGCCAAGCACCGGACGUGGGCAGAGGCGCUGGCAAAGACGGCCCCGGAGCUCACGGCCGUUGUUGUCAUUGGAGAGAUGGGGGCGACAGACGAGCCAGCGCCCAGACGAACGCAGUCCACCACAGGUCCAAGCAGCCCCUAUCGCAUAUUCAUGUCGUGGGAUUCUUUUAUACGCCAAGGGGCACGCAACAGGCAGCUCACGUUCGAGCAGUUGCCAUUCAGUCAUCCUGGCUUCAUUGUCUACUCGUCGGGAACGACGGGGCCCCCAAAGUGUAUCGUCCACGCGGCUGGUGGGCUCCUCAUGUCGGCCUCCAAGGAUGCAUUUCUAAGCUACGAUGUGCACCGAGGCGAUACGCUUCUCCAAUACACAACAACGGCAUGGGUCAUGUGGGCACUGGUCUUCGUCUCUCUUUCGUUCGGGGGAAAGGUCGUGCUCUAUGAUGGUUCCCCGAUGGUGCCAGACCCUCUGGUCUUGCUCAGAUUGGUGGAGAAGUUACGCGUCAACGUGUUCGGAACAUCCGCCAAGUUUCUCUCCCUUCUGCGGGACCAGAAAAUAAGCCCAAGAGAGCAACUAGAUCUAUCUAGUCUGCGCACAGUCGUCUCCACCGGUAGCACCCUCACGGCCGACGUUGCGGAAUGGUUUUAUGAUUUUGGAUUCCCGCAGCAUGUAUUUCUCAACUCCACAUGCGGUGGCACUGAUCUGGCAUGCUCGCUCAUCUCCGGCGCACCCUCCUUGCCCCUGUAUGCGGGUGAGAUCCAGGCCCCGUGCCUCGGCAUGGCUGUUGACCUGUAUGAUGUCGACGACGAACGCGGCCUGUCUGUCCAGGGUACCGGAGAGCCUGGGGAGAUGGUAUGCAAACAACCUUGGCCAAGCGAGCCUGCGUUUUUCUGGGACGACCCAUCUGGCGGAAAGUACAAGGAUUCGUACUUUACCAAAUACGCUGCCAGAUUACAUGUGCGACCACUUCAUGGGCAUGGGCAACUCGAAGAGUACCGAAUUUGGAGCCAGGGAGACUUCGUGUCAAGAAACCCUGCCAGGGGAGGCUUUCUGACACAUGGCAGAUCUGACGGGGUGUUGAAUCCCGGAGGAGUGCGCUUCGGGUCUGCUGAAAUCUACAACGUUGUCGAGAAGGAUGCUGCCGUCGCCGAUAGUGUCUGCGUCGGCCAGAGAAGGGAUGGCGACGCAGAUGAGUCGGUGAUUCUUUUUGUCGUGAUGGCCAAGGGACAAAAUUUCACUCAUGCCGUCGCCAGGAGGCUUCGUGAUGAGAUCCGGUCAAAGCUAAGCCCUCGCCACGUCCCUAAAUAUGUCUUCGAAAUACGCGACAUCCCAUACACAGCAAACGGGAAAAAGGUGGAGGUCUUGGUCAAGAAGGUAGUGAGCGGAAAGAACGUGAAGAUCAGCCCGACGAUUGCCAACCCAGAGUCUGUCGAGGCCUUCCGACAAUUUGUGCAGGUCGAGGAUGUUAAUGAGAGGCAGGAACAUGCAUGGAACAGCAGAGCAUCUCACUUGUAG